AUGGAUACAAUCAUUUUCAAUAAUUUAGUAACAGCAAGGGGAGUUCAAGAAGUAUUAUUAGAACAACAGAAGCAGAUUAUUCAGCAAAAAUCAGGAGUUCUGUGGCUAAAAGAAGGAGCUUCUAAUUCCAGAUUCUUUCAUGAGAACCUAAAAGUUAGCCAAGCCAAAAAUGAUAUUAUGGAAUUAGAACAUUCUAAUGGUAGUAUAGUGGCUAAUCAAGAUGAAAUAAUGGCUAAUAUAUUGGUUUCACAUUUUGAAAAUAAGUUUAAACAUCAAGAAGUGCACUCUGUUCCUGAAUACUUUCAAGAUAUUACAAAAGUAGUGACUGAAGAAGAUAACUUGUUGUUAGAUGCUACCCCAACUGAUGAAGAAAUAAAAAAAGCAGUAUUUGAAUUAGAUCCAGAUAGUGCUCCUGGACCUGAUGGAUUUGCUGGCUGGUUCUAUAGAGAAGCAUGGGAAAUCAUUGGUAAGGAUUUUGCUACUGCAAUCAAUUUUUUUUUGAGCAGAGGUUUUAUUCCAUCUGGAUUGAAUUCAAAUUUCUUGUUGUUGUUUCCUAAAGUGAAAAAUGCUAAAAGAGAAAAUCAAUUUGCACCAAUUGGUCUAAUGAAUUUUAUCUUUAAAGUGAUCACAAAUAUUAUAACUAUAAGAUUAUGGGUGAUAAUUCAGAAAAUUGUUUCUCAUCAACAAGCUGCAUUCAUUAAGGGAAGAAACAUCCAAGACCAAAUAGUUCUGGCAUCCGAAUUAGUGAAUGAAUUGGAUACUCCAAGAAGAGGUGGUAACAUUGGUUUGAAGCUAGACAUUACUCAAGAUUAUGAUUCCUUACGCUGGGAGUUUUUAUUUCAAGUCAUGAUACACUUUGGUUUUUCAGAAAAAGGGAUUUCUUGGUUUCAUACACUUCUUAAGUCUGCAAAAAUUUCAGUUCUUUUAGAUAGUGAUCUUGUGGGAUGGCCAAAAAAAGUUCUGAAAGAGAGAGAAAGAAUCAUAAGAAACUUCUUGUGGACAGGUGACCCAGCAACAAAAAAAUUGAUUACUGUCAAUUGGGAUUCAGUUUGUUCACCUCUGUCUGAAGGUGUUCUGGGCUUAAGAAGGCUUGAAAUUAUAAAUAGAGCUCUACUAAUGAAUCUUUACUGGAGAAUCCAAAAUGGUACAAGUGAAAUGGCAAAAUACUUCCAAGAUAAGUACCAAAACUCAAAGGGUGGGUGGAUUGAGUAUUACAAAAAUCAUCCAUAUGGCCAGGGUUGA